AUGGGGCGAGCGUUUACCGUUCGCCCUGCUGCAGACAUCAGAAGCCCAGGCCUGAGGGAAUCUCUUGUUCCGUGAGCUGCGCUGUGACUCGCUGCCGGGAGCUGUGAGGAGAGCGGCUGAGCUCGGAAUCCGCCAUGUCAUGGACAAUCACCUGUGUCAUCACACAAGAGGGUAGCCUCAACCAUGUCGUGGUAUGCUGAUGCAGUGACCUAUGAGGAUGUGCAUGUGAACUUCACUCAUGAAGAGUGGGCUUUGCUGGAUCCUUCCCAGAAGAGUCUCUACAAAGAUGUGAUGCUGGAAACCUGUGAUAAUCUCACUGCUAUAGGGUACAAAUGGGAAGAUCAUAAUAUUGAAGAACAUUGUCAGAGCUCUAGAAGAAAUGGAAGGUAUAUCAUCUGUCACUCUCGAUACAAGGCAUGUGAGCAUAAGGGACAUGCAAAGAAGCAUUGUAGUUCUGUCUUUCGCAGAAAAGUUGGAAGAUAUGUAGUAGUCCCUACUAUGAGAAGACAUGAUGACUGUGAUAAAAGUUUACAAUUAGUGGGCUUUUCAACUUCAGUGGGAAUUCAUCAACAAACUGUCAUUGGAGAAAAACCUUAUGAGUACCAGGAAUAUGGAAAUUCAUCUGUCUGUACUGGUUCACUGUGUACAUGUAGUGUGGCUCACAGUAUAAGAAAAUGUUGUGAAUGCAAUCAGUGUGGUCAAAUUCUCAGUUCUUCAAGUUCUCUUCAAAGAUGUGAAAAAACUCAUGUGAGAAGAGAAAAUAGUAAAUGUGAGUCAUCUACUAAAGGCUUUAGCCAUUACAAGCAUCUUCAAACACACCAAACAACCAAUAAUGAAGAGGUUCUCUAUGAAUGUAAGCAAUGUGAUAAAGCCUUUAGAUCUGAUUGCUCUUUAAACGUACACCAAAGAACUCAUUUGGAAGGAAAACCCUAUGAAUCUAAUCAAAGUUGUAAAGCCUUUGAAUGUCACAAUCUUCCUCAAGUACAUAGAAUUCAAACUAAAGAGAAAAGAUAUGAAUACUAUCAAUGUGAUAAAUCCUUUGCAUGUCCCACUAAUCUUCAAAUUUAUAAUAGAAGUCAUACUGGAGAGAAAUCUUAUGAAUGUAAUCAAUGUGGCAAAGCCUUUGCAUAUAACAGUCAUUUUCUCACUCAUCUAAGAAGUCAUACUGGAGAGAAACCCUAUGAAUGUAAUCACUGUGGUAAAGCAUUUGCACGGAAGAAGAAUCUUCUCUGUCAUCAAAGAAGUCACACUGGAGAGAAACCCUAUAAAUGUAAUCAAUGUGGUAAAGCCUUUGCAGAGAAGUAUAUGCUUCUCAGUCAUGAAAGAAUUCAUACUGGAGAGAAACCCUAUAAAUGUAAUCAAUGUGAUAAAGCCUUUUCAAGGAAGAGUAAUCUUAUCAACCAUGAAAGAAUUCAUGCAGGAGAGAAACCCUAUGAAUGUAAUCACUGUGGUAAAGCCUUUGCACAGAAGAGUAAUCUUCUCAUUCAUGAAAGAAUUCAUACUGGAGAGAGACCCUAUGAGUGUAAUCUAUGUGGUAAAGCCUAUGUAUCAAAGAGUAGUCUUCACAGUCAUGGAAGAAGUCAUAAUGGAGAGAGACCCUAUCAAUGUAAGCAAUGUGGUAAAACUUUUGUGCAGAAGAAUAGUCUUCAAAUUCAUGAAAGAAUUCAUACUGGAGAGAAACCCUAUGAAUGUAAUCAAUGUGGUAAAGCCUUUGUCCAGAAAAGUACUCUUCACAGUCAUGAAAUAAUUCAUACUGAUAAAAAACCCUACAAAUGCAAUGAAUGUGGUAAAACCUUUGCAGAGAAGAAGAAUCUUCUUGGUCAUGAAAGAAAUCAUACUGGAGAGAAACCUUAUGAAUGCAAUCAAUGUGGUAAAGCCUUUGCACUGAAGAAAUAUCUUCUCAGCCAUGAAAGAAUUCAUAGUGGAGAGAAACCCUAUGAAUGCAAUCAAUGUGGUAAAGCCUUUGCAACAAAGGGUUAUCUUCUGAAUCACAAAAGAAUUCAUACUAGAUAGUACCAUAUGGAUGUAAGCAAUGUGGUAAUUUCAGAUGUGAGCUGAUGUGAGCUGCCAUGUAGGUGCUGAAAACUGAACUGUGUUUUCUACAAGAGAUACUUGCUGGAGUCCAAUUCCAUAGGGGUUCAGGUCCCAAAGAGGGAAUCAGUUGUCACCAAAAGAAGGAGACUGCCAUGAUCUGAGCAUGAGUCAGCAUAGCUGCUGCUUUAUUGAAAAAGGACUACACCUUUUCUAUGCUAUAACUGAAUAUUAGUUUAGACUCAAGCAAGAUUGUAAACAGACUUAAUGAUUCCAGGAUAAAAGCAGGCAUCAACCUCAUCACAGCAUUUUUCCUGAGACAAAAAGUGAUAGUUCCACCAAGUAUCUAAAUGCCUAUCUGGAUGUGAGCCCAUUGUUUCCUUUUGUAGUGUGCUCUUAUCCCUGUGACCAGGUGUAUCCAGUUAGUGCAUCUUUAAGUUCUUUAUUCUUGGUGUAAUCAGAAUGGGCAUUCUUGUGUGAGAGUAGGCAUAUUUAUCAUGCUACAUGAUUCCAUGGUGAUGGGCAUUUUUCAAUAUUUUUUUUAAGAGACUGCCUAUGUAUAUAUUCCCAUCCUCCACUGAAGCCCACCCCCCCAAAAAAAAAUUUCCACAGCAAAGAUGCAUAAGGAAACUUCAUAAUAUAUAAUGGGCAUUAUUAAAAAUAAAGGUAAAGAUGCUGGGUAAUUAAAAGAUCUGCCAUGUCAAUAUGUUUGACUUGGUCAAACAGCAAUGGUUACCAUGCAGUCCACACCAGGUACUAAACUGCUAAACCAUCUCUCAUCCCUUUAUAUUUGUUUUUAGAUUCAGUUUAUUUUUGUCUUUGUGAGUGCACAUGCAUAGUGUUGUUUAAAAUCAGAUGACAGCCUAUGGUACCCAGUCCUUCCUUUCUACUAUUUGGAUCCUAAUGACCAAACCAGGUCCAUCAAUAUUGUCUGCAAGCACCUUUACCUGAGGAAGCAUGCCAUAAUUUCCACUGAGCCCUGAUAUUUUUUUUGUUAAUCAUUGUUUUGUGUGUGUGUGUGUGUGUACGUGCGCGCAUGCUUUUUUUUGUUUUUUGUUUUUAAACAGUUUUGUGGCAGCAUUCCCACUGGGCUAUACCUGACCUGACUCCAGACAAUUGGCACAUACCCCUAAUCCAUCUUGUGUUUUUUGGUUACAUUUUGUUUCUCUUGUUGCCCUCUAUGUGAAUCUUGUCUGAGAGUCUCCCAAGGGUACAAGCCUAUGCAAACUUGGUUCAGGAAACUGGGAAAACUGAUGAAUCAAGGAAUUUCCACUUGGCAUUGUAUUGUUGGGAGCUUCUUUCAGGUUGUUUUGAACAUAUGGAAAUCAACUAGCUAAAGUGUGAGUAUUGAGGAAAAAAUGCCCUGGGUGAAGGGAAAGUGCUUCAGUGCUGAAAGGCUGGACCACUCUGCAGCUGUGAAAGGCUAGAUUGAUUUUUUUUUUUUUUUUUUUUGGAGCUGAGGACUGAACCCAGGG